AUGUUAACCUUCAGGAAGGUCAUUCCGGAUAGCACCACCCCAACCCCUCUCGCGAAAUGUCUGCUCGAAUACAGGUAUACAGCGGCUUCUGCUGCUGUAGGAACGAGCGAAACACGAAAAGAAAACCAGUCAGUCGCCGACCGCAUGCUCUUGGGGCAUGCAAAACAUGCCGGAAACGACACGUCAGAUGCGACCAAACGCGACCAGUUUGUAAAGCAUGCAGUGAUGCAGGCCUCACUUGCGAGGGACUUGCGUCGGAAAUUCAUUGGGUUGGCGCAGCAUCUACGGAUCCAGAUUGUACGAAGGCUGAGUCAAGUUCUGGGCCAAAUGUUCGUCGCCAUCUAUAUACAGGAAAGAGAGACAAUGAGCUCCGCCCUUGUGGAUCAACUCUCGUCGUUCCCCGUCGACCAGUUUCUAAUGGAAAUCGACAAUACCUCCCGUGAUCUUGAUGACCAAACAGAUGGUGAAAUCGCGAUCGGACCUUUCGGUGUCCUGAACUUGACAAGAGAUACCGCGGUGCCCGAUCAAAAUAAGGGCGAAAAUGCCCAUGAAAUAGCAGGAAUGAAACUCGGCAACACAGAGAGCGUGUCUGAUCUCACCGAUGCCCCCUUCCCGGAGUUAUCAACCGCCGAGGAAGUGCUAGGGAACCUGGACACCUACCUUCAAUGGGCCGAUAUAUUCAAUUUAGAUCCUCCACCGGUUGGUUGGACACUCACGCCACCCAUAUCGGGAUUCGAAGAAUACGGCACAAUCGUCUCAGAUAUACUCGGAGAGGGGCCGCUUCUCUUGAGGCACUUCAAUGAACAUGUCGUUACCCGAAUAAUCUGGCUUCCUAUGACCCAGAAAUCACCAUGGACCAUUCUUAAUAUUCCCCACGCCAUGCUCACGCUGGACCAGAUCACUUAUAUGGGGCAGGCCACUGUAAAACAUGCCAGCCUAGGAAACCUGUAUGGUAUACUUGCAUGCGCAGCCUUCCACCUGUCAGCAAACCCCAACCUCAUUCCAGACAGGCCUGAUCAAUACUGGACUCGACUAUCAGCUGCUGCCUAUGAAGAAGGAAAAUCUCAUGUAAAUAAGUCACUCGAGCUUGAGCACGAGGGCCCUCAAAAGGCCAAAUAUAAAGAGCAACUCAUGGCGAUGAUCAGUGUGACCACAUUUACAGUGAGUGUUAUUCUAACUCAUCCUGAUUUUGUAACAUCAACUGACAUUCCACUUAAGAUACUUUCGAACCAUCAGAGAGAAUGCAGAUGUCAUAUGGUUAAUAUGGAAUACUUGAUUCGAUUGCGAGGACUUGUGAAGCCUCGAAUCUCACGUCGGGCGAGGCUUCUUCACUACAUGUAUACAUGGAUCCGCAUCUUGACUGAAAGUACUCUAGUCUUGCACCAUGAAAUUUCCCACACAGCACCCAGCAAAGCUCUCUGGUCUCGGCGUUUGGACAUGGAAGAGUUGACAAGACUGAAUCAACGGCGAGCUUCCGUGCCAACAUACGAGCAGAAUAGGGGCCUGGACUAUUUCCUUCGCGUGUCUGAAACCGAAUCGGAUAAUGACCUCAACAUCGAUGAUCCAAAGGAUAUUCAAGCAGGCCUUGGUGAUAUUCACCUUGUGGAUUCUCGGAAUCAUCCAGAAGAAUUGCAUACGAUGGUCAAUGGAGUGUCAGAGACAUGGCUAGGCCUCCUGUCUCAGACUACUCGGCUGGCGAAUGUAUUGGACCAAAUUAAUUGUGGAAGCUGCAUAGUGUCCCCGAAGCGUCAUCUCGCCUUACAAAGAAGAUCACUUUGUCUUGAGAACAUGAUUUGCACUUUCACUCAGCGAGAACUGCCACCAUCCGGUGGGGAUCCGAAAGCUCACAUGUUGAGAGCUCUUAAUUACGCUCUAGUUAUUUUCUUUUAUAGAAGAGUACGCGGUGUAAAUCCCUGUAUUCUUCAAGGUUAUGUGAAGAACAUCAUUCAUGAAUUGGGGAGCUGGGAUGUCGAAUUGGAAAAACAGGCAUUACUUGGCCCUGGCACUGCCUGGCCAGCAUUUGUGGCGGGGUGUGAGGCAAUCUCUAGCGAAGAUCGCCAUGGUAUCUUGUUUUGGCUUAGAAAAGCAAACAGUCAAAGUGGCUUUUCAUCGUAUUCCUCCGCAGCAGCGAUCAUGGAGGAGGUUUGGAAGAUAAGGGAUAACUAUUGUGGAACUGGGAACUCGCCGGGGUCACAACCAUCGCCAGCUGCAUUUAGUUGGACAGAUUACUCUAAGCAAAAUCUCCAAUGGUUGCUGCUGUUUUGA